AUGGGAAAGAUCAUGACAAAGCAAUACCGAAACAAAUACGUUAUUUCUCCAGAGGAGAUUGAAGGAACUUCGGAUGACGCAAACAACUAUGAGAUCAUCCAUGUCGUCCAAUGCAACACUUCGGAGGAUGAUAUGCCGUUUGAUGUGGAACAUCAGAGAAGAGGUUUAGCCGGUGAAACUAGAGACUCUAGGAGUAUGAUGCCCCAACGAAACCAACAACGCCAAGACUCAUCAAGCAAUCACCAAGAUCCACCAGGAUUGCCACCAACCUUGGUCUCGGUCCCAGCAGAUCGAAGCAGGCGGCGAUCUGACAGCGAAUCUUCCAAUGACCAGGAAAAAACGAACUCUACGCCAUCCAAAGACAUUAGCAAGGAAGAAGAUUAUGAUGCUUUGGAAAAAGAAAAGGACAUUCAAAUAUUUGCUCAUAGUCGUCUGUGGACGAGUCUUGCCAUUUUGUGUUCUUGGGUUGGAUUCACAUUGGCAUUGUUGGCUCGAAACUCGACCAAGUUUGUAUCCAUUGAAAUUCCAAUGUAUUUUGAUCCAAACUAUAACACGGUAAACACUAUCGGAAUGGUCAAUCUGGAGCUAUGCUACAACAGUACUUUUAUUCCUGGAUUCGAAGGCUGCAUCAUUGACAGGUUGGGAUCCGAAGAAGUCGAUGAUAUUAAAUACCAGCUGGCACGAAGCUUUUCUUCAUUGGUAGUAUGGUUGGGAGGGUUCGCCGCAGUGAUGAUAACCUCGUCCAUCUUUUGGUACUCUAUCAAUUUGAGACCACUUGGAUUUUGCUUUCUCAUUUCGUACUUUUUGGAAUCCUUUUCGUUUAUAUUUUUGGAUUCGGAAGUCUGCAAGAAUCAUGGAUGCAGUGUCGAUUCUGGAGGUUAUCUCGCCAUUGCAGCGAGUGCCUUUUGGAUGCUGGCAUCUGUAUCUGCUUCCCGAAUGGAUGCCUUUAAAUUCCAACAGUCUGCGAGGAAGAAGCGACACCACUUUCGCAUGCUGAGAAGAAAACUACUCAUGGAGCAACUAAGAGAGACAUCCAAUAUUACAGACGGCACCAAUGUUUCUCUUACGGACAGUGAUAGCUGGGAAAAUGCAUCUAGCGACAACUCCUCCGACACCAGCAGUGAACCUGAGGUCUUUAACCGAACGCUUGUGUCUUCCUUUGCCACAUCGACAGAUGCUGUAGAGACAACCUUUGUCGGUUUUGAUAGUCAUGGCAGUGAUAUUGAACAAGGAAUACACGAUACUACUUCGCCGGAUGAAACAUCAGAGCAGACGAUGGCGACAAAGUUUUAUUCCCAACGAAAGCAGUCAAAAAGGGCCAAACGGGUUCAAUUAAUGGAGGACGAUGACGAUGACGAAAGGCCAAAGAAUGGUCGUUCUCAGUGCAAGUCUCGGGUCCAAGUCUUCGAUCAAGGAGUGCCAAAGAGUCCAGAAGCCGGGUCAGCAAGGACUGUCGAUCUGUACCGAAUGAAACGCAUCCGAUAUGUAACUUGCUAA